AAACUUGUUAUUGUUCCGUGUAUUUACGCGACACUCGCUUCUUCUGAUCGUCACUCCACAAGUUUCACUUUUACCUCAGGUCCAUGGUCUGACCCGCUCCGAGCCCUUUUCAGCCGCGUUUAGCCGCUCAUUCAGGUGUGGGAGAUGGCGAUUGCCCAUGUUGCCACAGAGUACGUGUUCAGUGACUUCCUGCUGAAGGAUCCCAACCCUGCACGGUACCGGAGCAUUCGGACGGAGCUGGCCACCGACAAACUGGUGACAUGUGUGGCUGUGGGGCUGCCUCUCCUGCUCAUCUCCCUGGCCUUUGCCCAGGAGGUGUCUGUCGGGACACAGAUCAGCUGCUUCUCUCCCACCAACUUCUCAUGGAGACAGGCGGCGUAUGUGGACUCCUUCUGCUGGGCCGCUGUGCACACUCACACACUCCCCCUGUGGCUACACAAGUUCUUCCCGUAUGUGCUCCUCCUAGUGGCCGUGCUCAUGUACAGCCCUGCUCUGUUCUGGAGGUUCUCCGCAGCCCCCCUCCUACAGUCUGACCUGGCCUUCAUCAUGGAGGAGCUGGACCGCUGCUACAACCGCGCCGUCACGCUAGCUAAGCACCUCAGCUCUUCCACCAGUGACCUAAGCGAGGGCUGUUUUAAUUAUCCUCUGGUGGAGCGCUUUCUGAUGACAAAGCGCAAUGGGCGUAGCUUGCUGCUGUACUACCUGCUGUGCCGAGCGCUCACCCUGUUCACCCUGCUGUGUGCCUGCGUGUACCUGGGCUACUACCUGCGCCUGGCCUCCGUCACCGAUGAGUUUGGGUGUUCCCUGCGGGUGGGCCUGCUCCUGUCGGACCUCAGCGUGCCGGAGAAGGUGCAGUGCAAGCUCAUUGCCGUGGGGGUCUUUUCUCUGCUCAGUAUGGUAAACCUCAUCGUCUUUGUGGCUCUGAUGCCUGUGGUGAUCUACUCCAGUCUCCGCCCUCUCUUUUGCCAAGGAUAUGCCCGCUUCCUUGAAACCUAUCAAUCUCUUCCCACUAUGAGUGUCCUGCCCACCCCUGCUGGCCAGUGGGAUGAUCUUUCUUUAUACCUGCUCUUUCUGGAAGAGAACAUCAGCGAGCUGAAGUCCUACAAGUACAUCAAGGUGCUGGAGUUGCUCAGAAGGAGGGGCCAGUGUGCGGGGGAGGACUUUGACUCCAUGGGGCUGCUGCAGACGCUCUGUUUGGUGAAAACUGAUGCUGUUGAUGGGCUCAAAACUCCCAAGAAGACCAACAACUGUGAACCCAGCAGCAUACCGGCAGAGGGCAGCGUGGAACAGCCUGCUGAAAUGAAAGAGCUACGUCCUCUUCUCAAAGAAAAGCCUGACGUGAGCUGAGGCCCCCCCCCCCCCCCCCCCCCCCCCCCCC